CCAUAAUUCUGAGUCGACAGAAUUUCUCCAAUUCACUUCUGACGAAAUUGAUCUGAUUUAAAAAUCAUACAAAUGGCAUCUUAUUUCGACGAACAUGGAUGUGAACCAACGGGAGAAACUGGUCCAGAAUUAAAUACCCUGCUUCGGUGGGCUAGGAUUCUAAUUAAUGAUGUCAGACAGUAUGCUGAAAGAGAAGGUUUGGAACUCCCACCAGAUAUAAGAAAAGCUCCCCCAGCAUCAAAGGAAUGUGUUGCCAAUUUGAAAGAGACAAGAGUUUCAACAGACAGAGAAGAGAAAUGCCCUGUUUGUUUGCUGCCCUAUCAAGUUGGGGAUGUUACAAAGACGUUGCCAUGCGUGCAUGAAUAUCACCAGACCUGCAUUCUACCAUGGCUUAACAAGACUAAUUCAUGUCCCAUGUGCAGACAUGAGCUCCCCACGGAUGAUGAAGAUUAUGAAGAAUACAGAAAACACAAAGCAAGGGCCAAGCAGAGACAGUUUGAAACAGAGAGUCUACACAACGCUAUGUAUAGCUAGUGGGACUACAUUGAAAAGAAUCAAUCUUUAAUAGUGAAAUAUUUAUUAUGUGAUGAGUCAUCAAUCAUCAUAAAGUUUAUUUGCCAUCCAAUUGUAACGUCCAUGAUAUCCUUGAUUUUGAUUGGCUGUUGAGCAUUGUUGCCAUGGUAGUUUCAAUCAAAAGGCAAAGUUACUGUACUAGUAAAUUUUAUGCAAUAAAAUCUGGUGGGUGCUUCAUGAAGAUGUUGGUAAGUCACGACCAACACCAUACUUUACUGGUGAUACCUUCUUGAGCUACAUGUUAAUAAAUUUAAGCUACUGUUAAUAAAAAACAGAUUUUAACACCUGAUAUGGUAUCACCAGGAGCCUGUUGCAUAAAAGAAAAUACUCCAGCAGAUUUUCUUUGGCCAGAGGUUUUAUCUUACAUGUCAGUGGCAUAUUUUUUUUUGCCAGACUUUUAUUAUAGCAUAAGUUUUAUGCAACAGAGCUUUUUCAUUCAUUAAGUUAUUUGUAAUUUACCAGCAGCUUUAUUAAACAAGAAAAAUAUAAAAUCUUAAUUAAGUUUUCAUGCCAUUAUCUAUUGUUACUGUGGUGGUCGGACCUAUUAUUUAUUUUUUGUUGCAGCCGGUAAUGUCACAGCAGUACCUGAAGUCACAAGUGCGUUAUUUACAUCUUGGAUCAAUGUCUGACAUCACAAUCUGAAAGAUGCGAGUGGGCCUACUGUUAGUACUCUGUUAGUGCUAACAACGGCUGGUACAGUUAGAAAUAUUCUAUUUCAAAUGGGGAUUAAAGCAAGACAUGAGACAUUUCUCUUACUUUGUGAAUGCUUGAUCUAAGUGUUCUAAUGACUUCGCUAAGUAUGAUCCAGCUUCAAUGAGGGUAAUAAUACAAUUGCUUUUUUGUGUGCAAUGUGAUCUACAAAAAUGGUAU